GUUAGCUUUUUUUUUUUGGCUAGUAUCUCCGGUCAAAAUGCAGCUCUUUCCGGUCAUCCUACCGACACUAUGCGUCUUCCUCCACCUUCUAAGAGGCGGCUCUGGCUCUACUACACCGUCAGCUCACUCCAAUCAACUCGUGGCAGUCACUCGUUGGCUUCCCGCAACCGCCACCUGGUACGGAAGUCCCGAGGGCGACGGCAGCAGUGGAGGAGCUUGUGGUUACGGGUCACUAGUGGACGUGAAGCCGUUUAAGGCAAGAGUUGGAGCAGUGAGUCCGAUUCUAUUCAAGGGUGGUGAAGGCUGCGGUGCAUGUUACAAGGUCAGGUGUCUCGACAAGACCAUUUGCUCUAAGAGAGCAGUUACAAUUAUUGUCACGGACCAGUCACCGUCAGGACCAUCUGCUAAAGCAAACCACACUCACUUCGACCUUAGCGGUGCUGCCUUUGGACAUAUGGCUAUUCCCGGCCAUAACGGUGUCAUCCGCAACCGUGGCUUAUUAAACAUCCUCUACGGCCGAACGGCAUGCAAAUACAGAGGGAAGAACAUAGCCUUCCAUGUGAAUGCAGGAUCAACUGAUUAUUGGUUAUCUCUUCUCAUUGAGUAUGAAGAUGGAGAAGGAGACAUUGGCUCUAUGCACAUUCGUCAAGCGGGGUCUAAGGUGUGGAUAGCAAUGAAGCACAUAUGGGGAGCAAACUGGUGCAUUGUUGAAGGACCACUCAAGGGACCAUUCUCUGUGAAGCUUACAACUUUGUCCAACAACAAGACACUCUCUGCCGCCGACGUCAUCCCCAGUAACUGGGUUCCCAAAGCUACUUACACCUCCCGCCUCAACUUCUCCCCCGUUCUCUAAUUAGCCUCUCUUCGUUUUUUUUGGUUGUGGGAGAGAGUAACACAGAGAGGACAAUGAGUGAGCCAUCUCCAAAGUUAGGGGAAUAAGAGCUUUCAAAUGUG